CGGUGCUACUGCGGACCCUUGUAUUAGUUUUACCAUAACCUGGCGGUGGGGCGGGGACGGAGAAAAGACACAGGACGCCGGCGAAAGGGCCCACAGGCUUGGAGAGGAAACGAUAUGCACAAGGGGCUAGAGGACGAGAUGGAACAUGGUGAAAACCCCAGUUAGGUAUCGGGGAAGUGUUGGGAUUUUAACGAAGACGUUGGUUCUUCCUUCAGCGAGAGCUCAGGUGAACUUGGCAAAGAAGGUGGCACUUGUAAAGAAGACUGGUUUUCAAGGACGGGAAGAGUGUCUUCUCAAUUUUUGCAUCCCGAGUGUUGCAGAGCACAACUGGAACCCAGGAAAUAUUUACUGAAGCAUCUUGAUGGGUCUUUGGAAAUGGACUCUGUGUUAAGGGGCAGAAACACCCUCCAGAGUAAGGAGCCCCCAGAGAAGGGCUUUGGCACCGGCCUUGAAUGGGGACACACAAAGCCAAGAGGCUGCAGUUUUUAUCAUCUGUGGCCAGAACAGACCGAGGAUGCCCCAGAGGAAGAGAGGACAACGAGUUGUGAGGCCUGUGAGCGGGAUGUCCAGUGUGGGGCAGGCACCUGCUGUGCCAUCAGCCUGUGGCUGCGUGGUCUUCGGAUGUGCACCCCGCUGGGGCGAGAGGGAGACGAGUGUCACCCCGGCAGCCACAAGAUCCCCUUCUUCAGAAAACGCCAGCAUCACUCCUGUCCCUGCCUGCCUAACCUGCUGUGCUCCAGGUGCCUGGAUGGCAGGUAUCGCUGCUCCACGGACUUGAAGAACAUCAACUUUUAGGAGCUUGUCUGGUCUCAGGAUACCCACUGGGCCUCUUCCUGAGCACAGCCUGGGGUGGUCUCUUACCGACGUUUAUUUUAUUUCUGCCAUGCAGCCCAGCUCUCCCCUCCGCGCCCAGCUGCCCCUGUCUCCACUCCCCCUAUCUCCUACCUGAUCCCUCCUUCGAAGCAUACACAUGCGCACACAUGCAGAUAUACACCACCAGCCGACAUGGUUCACCAGGCUGGCCUGAGGGUGUCCCAGCUGUGGCUGUGGUCCUGGAGGUAGUCUUCCUGGUUCUCUUCCCGGCUUAGGCUGCCCGAGGGGCUGUAAGUAACAGGAAGGGUAUUCUUUUCCGUUGUCCCCACCUCACCCCACUUCCUCUCCUCAGAGGUGACCUGUCCCUCUCCCUGGGCCCCUCCUCUCUCUCACCCAGCUCGUGCUCUUCUGCCGAAUCUGAAGCCUGGAGCAGAACCCCCCCCACCUCCGGGGUGCACUCCUUGGAGCCACAGGCCCUGGCCUGAGCCUCAGGCCCUUUUGUGAGGCCUCGGAGGAUCAGCCUUGGAGUUGCUCACUUUCCUUUGAUCGACCCGUUCCUUAUUUUUUGGCUACAGGCCCGAGGUCGCCCUUCCCAGAGGGUAGCGGACAAUGACCUCGUGGCAUGUGUGAGGAGCCAGGGAGGUCGUUGGCUUUCAGACAGCAACCUGCUCACUAGACCAGAAUUGCAGGGCCUCCAGGGCCCCUCCUCUCACACUUUACCAGUUAACCAGGGAAGCCCCCAAUUCCCACUGCUUCCCCAUAAAGGCAAAUGAUAGGAUUCAAUCUAAUCAGCUGUUGACAUUUUAGGAGGCAAUUAGGGAGUUACAGCUCCUUUCCAAGGAUCAGCCCCUGAGAGCAGGUCUAUGACCUUGAGGAGGACAGGCCUCCGCCCAGCUCCAGGUCGGGGCUAGGAGGAAGGGGAGGCAGCAGGCAGGGGCAUUGAUUUCAGACACAGGGAGGCAACUCCCACCAGGGACCACAGCCAGGCUGCAGACCCCACACCCGGAUAAGAUGUCUUAUUUAGAACACAAGGGUUUCUGAAGUUCACAGCGGUUUGUCUGGGAGCUGUGUCGCCAGCCUCCAUAAAACACCAGCUCCAGUCAGCACCUCACAUCCGGACCCUGCCCCAGGCUCACCCGGAAUAGCAUGGUGAUGCCGGAAGCUGUGUAUACCGGCCUGCUGGUUGCACAAUAAAAGCUUGA